UCUUCUUCAGGCGCCACCCCCUGCGACUGCGAGCGCCCCCCCCGAGAGAGAGAGAGAGAGAAAGAGAAAGAACCCUAGAAAUGGCGCUUGCUUCGAGUUCCUCCCUCUCAUCCAAGGCCCUGCUCCCCUCACAACCUCUCUCUGGCAGUGGUGCCUCCGAUCUUCGCCUACCAACUGUCUCCAUCCCCAGUUCCAAACCAUCUCGCCGCUCGAUCGCCGUACACGCUGCGGAGCCCGCCAAGAAUCCGGUGGUGGUAGAGAAACCCUCUGCUCCGGAGGUGAUGACAAGGCCCGGGAAGUGGGCAGUUGAUAGCUGGAAAUCGAAGAAAGCGCUGCAGUUGCCGGAAUACCCUAAUAAGAAGGACUUGGAGGCUGUACUCGGGACCCUCGAGAGCUUUCCGCCGAUCGUGUUCGCCGGGGAGGCGAGGCAUCUUGAGGAGCGCCUCGCGGAGGCUGCCAUGGGCCGCGCAUUCCUCCUCCAGGGCGGUGACUGUGCCGAGAGUUUCAAGGAGUUCAACGGCAACAACAUCCGUGAUACAUUCCGGAUUCUCCUCCAGAUGAGCGUUGUCCUCAUGUUCGGAGGCCAGAUGCCCGUCGUUAAGGUGGGGAGAAUGGCAGGCCAGUUUGCGAAGCCGAGGUCGGACCCGUUUGAGGAGAAAAACGGCGUGAAGCUGCCGAGCUAUCGUGGAGAUAAUGUGAAUGGAGAUGCGUUCGAUGAGAAAUCGAGGGUUCCAGACCCGCAAAGGAUGAUCAGGGCCUACUGCCAGGCGGCGGCAACAUUGAACCUCUUGCGGGCGUUCGCGACUGGUGGGUACGCCGCCAUGCAGAGGGUGACGCAGUGGAACCUCGAUUUCACUGACCAUAGCGAGCAGGGCGAUAGGUACAAGGAGUUGGCCCAUCGGGUUGAUGAGGCCCUGGGGUUCAUGUCUGCUGCGGGACUUACUGUGGACCAUCCUAUCAUGACAACUACUGAUUUCUGGACAUCCCAUGAGUGUCUCUUGCUGCCAUACGAGCAGUCACUCACCCGUGAGGACUCCACCACUGGUCUCUUCUAUGAUUGCUCUGCCCACAUGCUCUGGGUUGGUGAGCGCACUCGCCAACUUGACGGUGCCCAUGUGGAGUUCCUCCGGGGUGUUGCUAAUCCCCUUGGAAUCAAGGUGAGCGACAAGAUGGACCCAAAGGAGCUGGUGAAGCUGAUUGAGAUCCUGAACCCUACAAAUAAGCCAGGAAGGAUAACUAUAAUCACAAGAAUGGGAGCAGAAAACAUGAGGGUGAAGUUGCCCCACCUAAUCAGGGCUGUCAGAAAUGCAGGGCAGAUCGUCACCUGGGUCAGCGACCCUAUGCAUGGCAACACCAUCAAGGCCCCAUGUGGUCUCAAAACUCGUCCAUUUGAUUCCAUUCUGGCUGAGGUGAGAGCCUUCUUUGAUGUUCACGAGCAAGAGGGAAGUCAUGCUGGGGGUGUUCAUCUGGAAAUGACAGGCCAGAAUGUGACUGAAUGCAUCGGUGGGUCUCGCACUGUCACUUUUGAUGAUCUGAGCUCUCGCUACCAUACACAUUGCGACCCGAGACUUAAUGCCUCGCAAUCCCUUGAGCUUGCCUUCAUCCUCGCUGAACGGCUCCGGAAGAAGAGAAUCCGAUCACCCCCAGCCAACGGUGUUGGUUAUCUGCCUCCAUUGGAAUUCUAAGCCACUAUCUGUCUAUGCAUCCUUAUUAAAAUUCUAUGAGCUUGUUCUUUUGGUUUAUAUGAAAAUUUCUCUCCUGGGCUCGUGAAGUUUGUAUGUAAUCAUGGAGUGUGUUGUAAGCCAAUACAACUUGUUUAGCUGGGAAGAAGAAUAAGGAAGUUCAGCCAUUGGGCAUUCAACUUCAUUUUUUUUUUUUAAA